AUGCGGCAAGCCUGGAAGAUUGCAGACCUGACCAUUUUGACAUUCGAAAACCAGCUCGGUCUCCUGAGAUUCGCAUUAUGCGAAAUCCAGAAAUGGGCUGGGUCGGAAUCUGAUGAACGAUCGCCUCAGUUGGUGAUGCAAGUUGAUAGCUGUGUAACUUGCUGUCGACUCUUGAUCGGCAAAAUCGAUCACGAGGUGUCGCAGUUUGAGAAGACAGCGGCUGGAAAUCUAGAAUUGGGUUCCAAGCUUGCGCUGCUUUUCAAGACAAAAGAUAUGGAGCAGAUUCAACGCAUGGUCGAUCAGCAAACGCAUACUUUGACACUUCUUCUUAGUGCCUGCAACUCCAAUGCUCUAGAAGAGCAAAGGAAGACCUUGCAACAGCCGAAGGCCAUCCGAGCGUUUGAAGAGGUGGACAGAGAUACUGCUUCACUCAUCGUUCAUCGAGACACGGAUUCGAUAGUGACGGCUACAUCAGUGAGCUCUUCAAGAUGGUCAGUUCAGUUCGCAUUUGAUAAAGAGCUGUUUAUCACCAGAGUUUAUGAGAGGUGGAUUCGGAACCUCGCAACAAUGCGAAGGACACAGAGUCAAGUACAAAGCAAUACCAGCCAGGAGAACAAGCAACAAUCUUUCGACAGCGACCUUUCUCUAUCAAAUCGACCUAGCCAAAUAGAGGGAACCAUUAUGACUCGCACGGACACUAUGGCAUCCGGAAGAUCAUCUCGAUCAUCUCUAAGUCUUGGUGAACGAAUCACCUCCUUCCGCCGUAGCGCCAAGGGUCAAGAGUCGCAGCCUCUGGCAGAAAAGUUGCAAGCCGAAGAGUCUCAUCGAAUUGAUCAAAAGUUGAAAGAUGAAUCUAAAUUGGCCAGUAGAGAGAUUAAAGCUGUCAUUUUUGGCUUGAAGAUUAGAAAACGAAUGUUUGAAGAGAUGAGGCGCUUCAGCGGUCAGCCAUGCUACACAAACGAGCAACUAGCCUUUUUCCGCCCUAUUAUUUUCGAGACGCUUAUCAGAAGCGUCAAAUACUUGGCUGAGGCGCUACAACAUGAUCGGAUCAUUGACGAGAUGGACACUGCGCAGCAUUGGCUCGAGAGCAUGCUGUCUGAUGAAGAGUUGAACCCAGAAACCGGGCUAGACUCUGAGUUUGCGACGACAGUCCGCUCGAUUAUGGAACACCCAGCAACUAAAGCUCUAAUGGAGGAUAAUGACUUCAAUCUCCCUGACAACGGUGAAUAUUUCUUGAACGAGAUCGACCGCCUUUCGUCCGACGGAUAUAUCCCAACCGAUCAAGACGCCAUCAAAUGCACAGAACCACUACCUAACCGUGUAGAGGCUAAUUUAGACAAAGGUGACCUCUGUAUGCGACUGACUGACCCAGGCAGCGCAACAGCCUCCAGCACAUCAGUCAUGGAACCAAAAGCUUCCCUAACUCCAGACGAUCGUUAUCGCGACUGCCCGUCUCCCUGA